ACUACGUAAUAAGUGCAAAAAAAAUCUAACUUCAGGUGAAAAGAUGAUACUCAUAAUACUUGAAAUAUUAAUUCUAUUAGCUUCGGCAAUAAUUGCAAUUUAUGCGUACAAUAAUGUACGAAAACAUUUGAAUGGAUUUUAUCAUAAAGCCGAAUUAAUACCAGGACCGCAAGGACAUUUUUUACUCGGGAGUAUUCGAGAAAUUGUUGGAACUGAUGGAGGUAUUUACAAUUGGUUAGUUCAAGCACGGAAAAAAUAUGGUCCUGUAUUAAAAUUUUGGGCUUUAGAUUCAUUACAUGUUAUGUUGGCUGAUCCUAAAGAUGUGGAAUUAAUUUUAAAAAGUCAAAAGACUUUAACUAAAUCAUAUGGUUAUAAUUUCAUGAGACCUUUAAUGGGUGAAGGUUUAGUAACAAGUGCUGGAGAACAUUGGCGUGAACAUAGAAAAAUUAUUACACCAACAUUUCAUUUUAAUAUAUUAGAAAAAUUUGUGGAAACAUUUAAUGAAAAUGCUGAAAUAUUAAUUAAACGUUUAACAGAUGUACAAAAAGAUAAUCCUACGCAAGAUAUCCAUACUUUUUUGACUCUUUGUGCCCUAGACAUUAUUUGUGAAACUGCUAUGGGUACAAAGAUUAAUGCUCAACAAUCUGGAGGUUUAAAUGAUUAUGUACAAGCGGUUAACUUAGCUGCAUACAUGGUUGUCCAUCGGUAUUAUAAUCUAUUACACCGAUUUCGAUUUAUUUCGAAAUUUACACCAUUGGGUAAACAAUACGAAGGAUGUUUACAAUUAUUGUUGAAUAGGACAGACGAAAUAAUUCGUACGCGUAAGGCAGAACUUAAGCGUGAAAAAGAAAAUAAGUCAGUGGAAGUUAAAAAGAGUGAAGAAGAUGUUGGUCGUAAACGACGAAUGGCAUUUUUGGACUUAUUGUUACAAACCACACAUACUAAUGGAUCACCAUUAUCCGAUACAGAAAUUCGGGAUGAAGUCAACACUUUUAUGGUUGCUGGUCAUGAAACUACCUCAAUUGGAACAAGUACCUGCUUAUAUUUGCUUUCCAUAAAUCCAGAGGUUCAAGAAAAAGUUGUGGAAGAAUUAAAUGAUAUUUUUGGAAAUGAUACACGAGCGCCCUCUUAUGAAGAUUUACAAAAACUUUCAUAUUUAGAACGUACAAUUAAAGAAUCGCAACGAUUAAUGCCAAGUAUUGCUGAAUUUCAACGAUAUAUUAAAGAAGAUUUCCCAAUAAAUAAUUAUGUUAUUCCCGGGGGAAGUACUAUUGGUGUUAUGGUAUAUGCUAUGCAUAUUGAUCCAGAAAUAUUCCCAGAUCCAAUGAAAUUUGAUCCUGAUCGAUUUUUACCAGAAAAUUCAAGAAAUCGUCAUCCAUUUGCGUAUAUUCCAUUUAGUGGUGGUUAUAGAAAUUGUAUUGGACAAAAAUUCGCAAUGUUGGAAAUGAAAGCUGUGAUAUCAUCUGUUUUACGAAACUUUAAAAUUGAAGCGGCUAUAGAUGAGAAAACUGGAAAAGUUUUUAAGCCAAUUAUCGAGGAACGUGUUACCACAGGAUCAAAGAAUGGAAUUUAUCCACAACGUUGA